AUGGCCGAAAACCAGCAAGAAACGCACAUCCAUGACGAGGAGGACAAAGCCGAGAACUCGAGCUCCGACGAUGACUCCUCCUCCUCCAGCUCGGGCUCCUCCUCCUCCUCUUCAUCAUCUGAUUCAGAAUCAGAAGACGAAGCGGAGACCGGGAAUGCCAAUGCAGACGCCAACUCGACAACCACACACGCCACUCCACCAAGCGGCCGCUCGGGCCACGGCCACCCCAGCAACUCAUCGGGACCGGCACUGUCUGCCCCUCGGCCCCAUGGGAUGGCAUCCAAUACAGAGACGUUAAAUGUUAAUUCGACGCGAGCAGCGGCCAGGUUUAAAGCUGCAGAGCCAGAGGCGAUGAUGGCUCUGGGCACCCGCAAGCGAGACCGACGUACCAUUGAGGAGAUCCAGAGGGACCUUAGGGACAAGAGGAAGAAACCUCUACGUACACCAGCAGCGAAGUCGAGCCCCCCGCCUCCUCGAGGUUCGCCAGUGCGGUCUCCGGAAGCUGAAGCGGUCGUCAACAGUGGAGCCCCGAUGGCUGUUGGAGGCCCUCUAGGUACCUUUCGAACAGCAGGACGACUGCCAGCAAAGAGGAAACCAAAGUCGGCUCAUGACAGAUUGGCUAUGAAGCUUAACGGACGAAAAACGUCAAGUGCAAAGGCGAAAAAGUCGACCAACUCGACUGCUGGAAGCGGAACAGUGACUCCCGUGUCAGUGAUGACGAACAAAACGGUGACAAAACCCAUGACAGCCGCAAGUUCGAUGGGUAUGGCAACAGGGAACAGUAGCAGCAGUGAGCAUGGAGGUGACGCUGGAGGUGACGGGUACAGUAGCAGUGUUAGCAGGUCAUCAACUCCUGCGGUAGACGGCAAAGUGGUGCGUGCGAUGCUGCGUGCGAUGCUUCGCUACGGAGACCUGACCGACGUGGAUCUUUACCCGACAGCUGCCAAUUUCGCUGACGAGUACAAGAUGCCUAACUUCAUCGAGCGCGCGAACCUUCAGACUACCACCAAGAUCUCCAUCGAUCGUCUGCAAACUCUUGCCAACGAAGUUGCUCAGAAAGCGAAGCAGGCGGUCGAGGCACGGCCACCGCACGACAGCAUAAAGAUCGCCGAGGUUGAGGCGAAAUCGUCACAGAUUAUCGAGCGCCUUUACGAAAAUCUAAAACUCCGCGUCGCUGUUCAACGCGCCCUGCGUACUGCUAGAUGCACUUCGGGUAAUGCCCUAGCGAAUGCUCAAGGCGCCUAUGUAUUAGUGGCAAAACAGAGUGAUCUCUCAGUUCUGGGUGUCAAUACGCGAGAUUUGCCUGGCUGGACCUGGGCUGAAAAAGAGCAUGACUGGUCACAACGUAAAGAUGCAGCGCUGCUUCUCGGUGUCUACGUACACGGGUUUGGAGGCUGGGAAGAUAUUCUAAACGAUGAUUUACUUCAAUUCCAGGGACAGCGCGCUUUAAAAGGCGAGCGUCUGAAGAAACGUGCGGAGAACUUGCUGAAGCGAUUGCCCCCUCCUGAUCUUGAUGCUGGCGACCCGCGCAUUGUGCAACAAGCGAGCUCACUUAGCUCGUCCGGGGGUAAUUCGAACCAAUCGUUAGGGGCGCAAUUCAGUGCUAUUAUCCACAGCGGGACCAUUCCUGGGGUGACAGCAUCAAUUCCAGCUAACUCCGCAACAGCAGGGGGUCGAAUGGCCCGUGCAGCUGAACGAUUCGCUGCACGGCAACAGAAUGGCGAAGAUGUUGUGGGGCGACGUCCAAUUGGGUCUAGCAAUGGGACAGGGCCUUCUAAUGGCCAGGCAACGGACUCAGGAAGACAACAGAGAACUCCUCCGAUGAGAUCUCCAGCUCAAGUCAGUGUGGUUGACAACGAACCCGAAGAGGGAGAAGUUGGCGGUGCCUCUCCAGCACAAUCGACGUCGUCUCGACACAAGAGGAGAUCGUCAUCCGUGGAGGAUGAAAACCAAACUUCGUCCCGUAAGAAGCAUCGCAAUAACAGCAUUAAAAGUUCGAGCAAGAAAGAAAAACGGAAAAAAGAGCAUCGACGCAGUGACCGUAGUGACACGAAGACCGAUGAGACGUCUGCCGUGACAAAUUCUGUUAGCGUGGCACCAUUGCCGCUGCUGUCGACCGAUGAAUGCUACGAGAAGUGGAAACCUAACAAGAAGCUGCGCGAGAUUCGACAAGUGCUGAAAAAGAUGAAAAUUAUGGCCGAAUGGUCUCGCAACCAAAAAGACGAGACUGUUGUUGAGAAGGUGUUCAAGUAUGUGAGUACAAUUGGCGAAGCGAUCGAUCGCAUCGUCACACAGCACGAGGACAAGCCUGAAGACCAUCGUCCAGAUACGUCAUCUCGCGAAGUUGACGAGCUCUGUACGUGUCUAUGGACAUACGCCGCUGGUUUCACUCCGUUCACACCACAGGGAUUCGAGCGGCUCUAUGAUGAUAUUUGCGCGGAUGGUGAAGCUCUUGUUGCAACUAAAUCAUAG